AUGAGUUGGUUGAUCAAUCCUAAAGCACAUAUUUCCAUUUCAAGCCAGCGGAGUGAAGAUGAUCCCUUGUAUUUCAGGACAAUGAAUCUAGAGACCUCUAUGCUUCGUUCUAAUGAAAUGGAUGCAGUCUCUUGUAAACUCUUCAAAGAGAUCCUUCGGAAUCUGGUGAUCAUGCUAUCGACUGCAUUCAUUUCUAGCCAACUACUUUACAUGAAGGAGAAAGUCGAUGGCAUUCCAUAUAUUUCCCAGAUGAUGCCCUCAUUCCACGCGAAGCUUCUUGCCUUAGCUGCCUUUUUGAUGACGGUAACCCUCUCCCACAAGGUCGCUGAGUGUAGGAAAAAACCCCAUCUUCAUUUGCCUUCUCAUUCCAAAGGAAUACCUAAUGAUCAAAAGGCUCGGUAUUUGACUGCAACAUUGCUUUUACUUGGGUUUUUGGGUUAUUGUUACCUUCAUAGCGGAAUCUUUGAGACUACAAAAGUUCAUGGUCUCGGAGAAGCUGAGUUCAACAGAAUUUGGACAUACAAAACGCAGAGUUCAUAUGAUUCAUUCAAUCUGUUUCUGUUUCCGCAGGAGCCUGGGAGGGAGCCUUUGUUCCCAAUUGAUAAUCGUGAAUCGCCAAGUAAUUCUUUUGGUAGUGUCCCUCCACUCAAGUUGGUUUCUUUUUGGCUCAAGGAUGUUGAUCCAAUCCGCAGGGCCAAAAAUGCUCAAGAUAGUAGUAGACUUACUGUUAUCUUUGAAGGUGUGUAUCUUGAGUCUCAAGAGAAUGGAGGGCAGGGCUUGAUGUGUUUGGUGGGAACUGCAGCCAUUCCUACCAAUUCUAGUCAAAUGGUGCAGGUUCAAAUGCAGCCGUCCACACUACAAGAUGAUCAAAUCUUGCUUGUUCUUCGAUUUCCUAAAACCUUUACUUUAACUACCAGAGAUGUGAGCGGAGAAAUGAAAAGCUUAAAGUCCCAGGGAAGCCAAACAUAUUUUGACAAAGUACACAUCAUCUCGCAAUUAAGUGAGAAGUCAAAAUAUCAGUUUGGAUCUGAAGAAAUCCUGUCAGGUAUCUGCAGUACUACUUACCCUUCUCCUCAUUCUUUGAUCAAUGAAGAUCUUGAGAUUUACAAAGGAGAAGAUUAUUGCCAGAAGUUGUGGGGACUUGUGUGGAAUGAAGUGCUUGAGUUUGUAUCCACGUGGGAAAAAAAUGUUCAAAGUAACAAUUGCAGCAAGAUUGGACCUUUCUUGCUUGACAAAGAGCUUGAGGCAACUUAUAAGAGGUCUGACAAGCUCAGGCUUAUGUUUCAGGAACUAAAUUGUGAGCCUGGAACUGAUCAAAACGGGGUUAAGAUAGCCAUGGUGUCUGCUGUUCUAAGAGUCAUACAGAAAUCAGAAUACUCAACAAGAGAAGAGAUGAGAACAGGUCUCUCCUCCAUCACACUUUCUGCUGAGGGAAGGUGCCAAUCAGCUAGUGGGCAGCUCUGCAUGGUUGGUUGCACUGGACCUCCAGCUAAUAUUCGACAAAGUUGCCAUUCUCGAAUCACUUUACAUCUUCCUCUCACUAUGUCUAUUAACCAAAGAAGCCUCGUUUUGGGGGCCAUAAGCAGCACUGAUGUGUCAAAAUCACAUGAUCCUCUUAUGGAGAUUCAGAGAAGAAGCCAACCUUCCACUUUGGGAAGCAUGGUAAGGAAAUCAAUUUUCCAAUAUCCAUCAUCUAAGGGGAAUGAUGUAGCCAGCUUUUCAUUUUUUGCCGAUGUGCUAUCAGUUGAAGUUUUUGCAGCUCCUCAAACAGUCAGAGAUAACGAGGCAUCUAAGACUAAUGUCAAAGUGGUGUUUCUUUCAAUGGGUUCAUUAUUUGGACGAUAUCGAUCACUUACAGAAUUUGGACAGAGACAUCAAGAGGCCUUCCAUUCAAUUUCUGAAGAUAUUGAAGUCUCAGGGCAUCUUGAGAUUAAAGGUGGUCAAUAUUUUAAUCUCUCUCUAUCUUUUGAAGGGAUCUAUGACCCCUCACUUGGACAGAUGCAUCUAAUUGGUUGCAGGGAUGUGCAAAACUUUGAAGAGUUCAAUGAUGGUGGCAGAAACCUUGAAGGAAGAAUGGAUUGCUUGAUUGAGGUCAAACUGCAAUACUCUCCAAAAAAUGCUAGGUGGCUUUUAAAUCCUAACAUCAGGUUCUCAAUCAAUAGCCAGAGGAGUAAAGAAGAUCCAUUCUAUUUCCCCCCUUUAAGUACUAAUACAUCUCUAAUUUCAUAUCAAAAGAAGUUCCAGGAUGUACUGAUUCGGGAAUGUUUCAAAGAGGGGCUUUCUAUCCUACUUCUUGUGGUGGCAAUCCUUUGCAUACGCAGCCAAACUGGUUAUACAGAAAACCUGAGCCAUCCGGCUGCUUAUAUAUCCAUGGUCAUGAUUGGACUUCAUGCCGUGGGCUUUAGCAUCUCAUUGAUCACAGGCCAUGAACCGAUAGUCAAGUGGAAAGAAUUUGCACCAUACAGAAACUCAGGGUAUGAUUUCCGCAAGUUUCAGUUUCUGCAGGCUUUUGAAUUGUGUAUCAAGUUUCUUCUGUUGUUUGCAAUCUUGGAUUUAACAAAGCUCCUGCAACGAGUAUGGGAAUCAAGGAAGAUGCUCAAGGCGCGAGUCAAGCAACUAAAUUUCAGAUUCCCCAAUGAUAAACUGGUUUUUGCUUUUUUCAUGCUGAUUCACGUGGUAGGUUUUGUAACUCUUUACACGGUUCGCAAACUUUAUGGAAUUCCACUGAUGAUGCAAUCAGAGAUGUACAGAUCGGCUAGUGUAAAUGUAGAAAGGAUGCUACAAUGGUGGAGAGAGUUAGAAAGUUAUGGUGGGCUAGUUCAAGAUUUCUUCUUGCUGCCACAAAUCAUUGGCUAUGCUAUAUGGGGAGUCCAAGGUGAGCCUUUGAGAAAGGCUUACUACAUUGGAUUCACAAUAAUCAGGCUGGUUGUCCGGGUUUACGACUAUGCCAGAGAUCCUGUUCCAAAUCGGCGCUAUAGUGCAAUUGAAUUCCAGUACUUGGGUUUGGAAUCAUGUUAUAAGGUUGGAAAUGUGAUUGUCUGUGUUAUGAUUGUUGCGCUAGCACUGACUGACUGUGUAUCUCCAGCAGAAAGCUUUGUGUUUGAAUGA